UUGGCGGUUCGCGGUCGCUGAAAGCUCCAGAAUCUGCAACUUGGGUAGACUUUUCUCAGCUCCUCGUUUGCCUCCGAAAUAUUAUUGCAGGCUCAAUGAAUGGGUUCGUCCUUUGAGUUAUUGCUAGCUUCAACAGCGUUUUUGGCAAUAUCUAGAGACGCUAGUGCGAAUGGCUUUUUCUUCACAUACUCUACUUUGUACAUAUUGCCCUUCACCCCGCUGAGCGCGAAGUGUUUUAUCACGACUUUUUCUUCUUCAUCGACAGCAAAGCCCUCAUUCAUUUUGGGUUGCUGAUCAUAGUAAUCACUUACUUUUGUUUGAAUAUUCACUGCAUAUAUCUUUCACGUUCGUUUAUUAGUGUUUUAUAAUUAAUCAUAUACUGAUUGUUACGUUUACCUGCAUUUCAAUCAUAUCAUAACCCAAGAUGAACGCCAUCAAGGGAUACCUCGCGCCGGGGAAGAAGGCCGAGAAAGAUGCAAAAGGGAAAGACUGAAGCAUCGACAGCGACACCAGCACCACCAGCACCACCACAAUUGGAAAUGCGUACAACACCUCCAUUGGGCUCGCCAAUGGCAGGAUCUUUCGUUGGCAAUUCAAGGCCGUCCUCUCUAUAUCCGGAAGGUGAUUUUCGAAAUGGUCCUAGGGAAAGCGUUAUGAGUGUCAAGGCCGAUGUAGUAGUUAGUUGGUUACAUCAACAACAGAUGGAAAAGUUAUGGGCUGUUGGUGCUCCAGGAGAAGGUGUUGUUUUGAAGAAGGCGAAGGAUGAUUUUACUUGUUGUCCACCUUCUUUGAGAACCGAGCCAUCGGGAAUCUUUGACUACAUUGUAGCAAUGAAUGUCAGAGUACGUACAUCGCAUGCGCUUAGGAUAAAUAUUUGCUAACCUUCUAUAUAGGCUGCCAUGACCGUUAACACUCGCGUUAUCAAAAUUUUCCUCGCCCGUCAGCACGCUGAUUACGUUCCUCUUUCCAAUGGUCUCCGUCUUCAAGUCCUUCCUAGCGUCGAGUUUUUACCUCGAUGCCAGAAGCAUCAUUUUGGUGCAUUCAUCCAAGAUCAGCAAAUUCUCGUUGUUUGGGAUGAUGAAUCAAAGCACUUGUUGAAGCGAGCCGAAUUUAUCGAGAGAUCUCUGUUGGAGAUGAUCUGGGCCGAUGAUGACGCCGAUAUGGAUGAGAAGAAGCCUGGAGCACAAGUUUCUACUGCCGAUUUAGGAAAUGGUGAUGUUGAAGAUGGUUAUGGAACGGAAGAAAAGAGACCAACGUUACUCAUCAAUCCUAUCAUGGUUGCUGCAACCUUGUGUCUCCUCAUUGCUGCUCUUGGACUUGGUUGGAAAAAUCUUGCGCUUGAAGUUACCGUCGAUGGGAAUUUCACCCGAUUGGCUUUACUUGUAGUCACUCCUUGCCAAGUCUUCGUCUCCCUUUUCUUCAUGCAAGUCAUUGUCGUCAAUCUCACCCAAUGUUUCGGACCGAUCAAUAACUUAAACUGCAACUCUAAGUUCUAUUCCGGCAAGGCUCCUCAACGUCUCAAUCGAAACAAUAGAGAACUUCCUCACGUCACCAUUCAAAUGCCUGUUUACAAGGAAGGUCUCGUUGCUGUCAUUCAACCCACUAUUAUCUCGCUCAAGGCUGCUAUCUCCACCUACGAACUCCAGGGUGGAACUGCCAAUAUCUUUAUCAAUGAUGAUGGUAUGCAAUUACUUCCUGAAGAAGAAGCUCAAGCUCGUCGUGAUUUCUACGAUGAACAUACCAUCGGAUGGGUCGCACGUCCCGGACAUAAACCAAACCCAGAGAAUGGCGAAAAGGCAUUCCUUCGCCGUGGAAAAUUCAAGAAGGCUUCCAACAUGAACUACGCUCUUAUGGUUAGCAACAAAGUUGAAGAAAGACUCCUCACCAUUGCUCGUCAUGACGGUUGGUCUCAAGCUGAGGAAUACAUCGCUUAUGAUCAAUGCUUGGCUCAAGUCUUAGAAGAGGAAGAAGGCCGUGCUUGGGCUGGUGGUAACAUUCGUGUCGGUGAUUACAUCUUGCUUAUUGAUUCCGAUACUCGUGUUCCAUCCGAUUGUCUCUUGGAUGCUGCUAGUGAGAUGGAACAAUCUCCUCAAGUUGGAAUCUUGCAGUUUAACUCUGGUGUCAUGCAAGUUACUGAUAGUUUCUUCGAGAACGGGUAUGUAUUCAUCAUUCUUAUCACGCCAUAAGUUGAAUAAAACUGACCAAUGCUCCAGAAUCACCUUCUUCACCAAUCUAAUCUAUACCGCCAUCCGAUUCGCCGUAGCCAUGGGUGAUGUUUCCCCCUUCGUAGGCCACAACGCCAUGCUCCGCUGGUCCGCCGUCCAACAAGUUUCCUACCACGACGAAGACGGCUACGAGAAAUUCUGGUCUGAAUCGCACGUCUCGGAAGAUUUCGACAUGUCUCUCCGUCUCCAAGUCAACGAAUAUAUCAUUCGCUACGCCGCCUACACCGGCGAUGGAUUCAAAGAAGGAGUCUCCCUCACCGUCUACGACGAACUUGCACGAUGGGAAAAAUACGCUUAUGGAUGUAACGAGCUUCUUUUCAACCCAUUACGUUUCUGGUUCACGCGCGGUCCUUUCACAAAAUUGUUUAGAGAGUUUUUGUUUUCGAAUAUGAGACUUACCUCUAAGAUUACCAUGAUGGCUUAUAUUGGUACCUACUAUGCUAUCGGCGCAUCGUGGAUUCUUACCGUGGCCAAUUAUUUCAUCAUGGGUUGGGACAAUGGGUUUUAUGACAAAUACUACUUAGAUUCCUUCCAAGUAUAUUUCUCUCUCAUUAUCGUCUUCAGCGCGUUAGGAAAUGUUUCCCUAGCUGUUCUCCGCUACCGAUUAUCCGAACGCUCUUUCUUUUCUUCUCGUAAGUAUUUCCCUUUCCUCUCCAUCAAAUUUCCUUACUAACAAAAUAACUCAACAGUCCUCGAAAACUUCAAAUGGCUCCUCCUCAUGACCGUCUUUCUCGGCGGUCUCUCCAUGCACGUCUCUCAAUCCCUCCUCUGCCAUUUCUUCGAAAUCGACAUGACUUGGGGCGCCACCGCCAAAGAAGUCGAAAACGUAACCUUCUUUGAAGAAAUCCCGCGUCUACUCAAACGCUUCAAAUAUACUUUUAUCUUCUGUAUAUUGAUGACGGCGGGUAUGAUCGUGUGUGCGCUCUUCGUGCCUUGGAAUUGGAGAAUCGAUACUUUUGUCGCUAUUUAUCCUCUGUGUACCGUGGUUGUUAGUCAUUUUUUGAUGCCGGUUGCCUUGAAUCCGGCGUUGAUGAUGUUUACUUGGUAGAUGUGGGUUUGGUUAGGAUGGCUUGGGAUUGGGUUGGUUGGAUGGUUGGAUGUAUAUGAGGAGACUUAAUUUGAUGAUUGUUAUGUCUAAGUUAAUAUGGGAAUGGCGUUACAUGAAAUCCGUAUAUAUGGUCCAGAAAGGCAUUUUUGACAUUUUAUUAUUUGUCAUAAUCUUUCUUUUAUACGCAGAGAUGGCAGGAAAUAAAUAUAUAAAUGGUUGGAUGGAUGGAUGAAUAGAUCAGAUAUAGAUAUAUAGAUAAAUAUUUUAAUUUUACAUUCUUUUGAUUCCUUA